AUGUCCAACGAAUCCCUGAGCUGCCGCGACGCGAAAUGGACCGAUGUUGGACUCUUUUUCCUUGUGAACAUCCUAGCUCAUACAGCGACUGUUCCAGCUUCUCCUGGAAUUAGCAUCAGGGAAUAUCUGGAGGUGGCAUUAUUCUCAUUGAUAGUGCCUUAUUAUGGUGUUGGGCGAGCACUACGUAUAAUCAAGCGCGGCGCGAUUUGGGUAGGAGAUCCACUCCAACAAGCAGCAAGAGCAGAAGCUCUUUGCGUUGUCGGGAAAAACUGGCAAUAUAAGAAGCCAAUCCGUGGAAUAGUGGUGAUGACAGCAGGCGAUGUGACCCAUGAGCGAGCCGUUUUUAGCUUGAAAAGUCGCUUCCACUAUAGACUGUUCGUGCUAGAACAAACCUGCCGCAAGAUCAACUUGAGGACUGUUCACGGAAACCGUUGCACGACGGAUGAGUAUGCCCUUUAUGCACUUGGUCGAUAUCAAGUCGAGGAGCUCUCCCUCGAGAAUGCACAAAAUUCCAAAAAGUUCAAGCUUGAACUUCCUUGCAAUCACAGUUUCGUCAAACCUGCGAUCUCCCUUAUUCAGAUUGUCUACUCCUCGAUAAGUCUUUACCAAAACAGCAAGACUCAGUUCAAUACUGCUGGCUUCGGCGCCUACACUUUUGUUGGAAUCCCGUUUAUCCUCAUGUCUUUACUCAACCUCCUGGCAGCUAUCUGCUCUCCAGAAUAUCCAUGUUAUUACUUGCUAGAAUCUGAUCUUAUGGACGAGGCAAGAAGUAAAGGCUGUGAAUUCAAUGGCACAGUUGGUAGAAUCAAAAAACCCGAACCAAACCCCCCAAGAAAAGGCUCAAGAACAUAUGUUUCGCCAGAACAAGCAGAAAGAGGCGGUUGGGAGUUCAAUAUUGUCAAUAAACCCAAUAACCUAUUUUAUCGUCAUAUGGUAAGGUUCAAUACCACCCAUGCGCACACCAAACACAACUUGACAUUUAGGGACGAUUUUAGGAGCUUGAAACGUUUGGAUCUUUCCUACCUCGUCGGAAAUACACCAGGGAUACCGUGUUAG